CUAUUUUCAGUACUUAACAAUUGAAUCUCCUUACUGUGUGGAGCAAAAAAAUCUGAUAACACAACCAGAGCUGUCAGCCUUGACAUGUGCUCAGCUGAUAUAGUCGGCAGCCAGGCUGACAGCUAGACAUUCUGACAUACAGCUAGCUGGUAGAAUGGAGGUUUAAACUGACAGGUGCAGAGGAUAUCUGUGUACAUGUUUGCCUAGUGUCGGUGGUUUUAUAGGAUUUUAAGGGAAUACGGAUUUCCCUUUGUGAAUGUUAAGGGUGACUGUUGGGAUUUAUCAAUUACGGAGAAUUCACAACAAAACACUGAUAAGACACCAAGACUGUGAUGGACAUUUACUGUACUGUGUAUGACUGUGAUCAAAAGAAUGCAAGUUAAGUCAACUUAUCUGUGACAAGCAGUGGAAAUUACAACAAAAUGAGUGAAAUAGUUCAAAGCCAGAAAAAAAUGUCGAUGACCGUCAAAGCAUUCCUGGAACUUUGUGGUACAGGGGAGGGGGAAAUUAGACGAUUCCCGAUUCCCCAAGGGGAGGCGACUAGCUUCCGGUACCUGGCAGACAAGAUUGCCACAUUAUUUGAAGGAUUACAGGGUGCCAGAUUCUCACUUUACUGGAAAGAUUCUGAGGGAGACAUGGUGCUGUUUUCCACAGACGAGGAGCUGACAGUGGCUGUGUUAUGUCUCACUGAUUUACUGUUCAAAGUCUACGUUAGACCUACAGCAGGUACCAACAAAGAAGACAUGGAGACCCAGACAGAGGCCAAUGGUCCGCCUCCCUGCCAGACCUGCAACACCCCCCUUGUCUGCCAGAACUGCCACCCCACCCCACCUUCACCUGCCUGCCCGCCAUACAUGACCAUGAGCCCUGCUGGGUUGGCGCCCUACUCCCGUCAUGAACAUCCUGCCCCGGAGAGGAGCAAGACUCAUGGGGCCCUGAAGUCAUUACCCACACCUGCAACACUGCAAUCCGCUUAUUUGGCAUCAAGAGAGUCCCCAAGUUCCACAAGCACCUACAGUUGGGUAUCGGGUGUGAGAAAACAGAUGACACUUCAACAGAAGAUUGUCCGAGGCCUCUGUAAGCUGCCUGGGCCUCUCGUUGCAAUGAGAAACCUACAGAGACACGUUUGCAAGUCUACUGCAGAGAUUGUUAGAGGCGAAAUGGAGCGACUCCAUCAGAUGGGGUUUGGCAAGUUGAUUAUAUCCACGGCAGGGAAGGGAAAGAGGGAGUUCAUGUGUAAGCCCGCCCCUAGUACACUCACUGUCGACAAUCCUAUACUCGCUGAGGCUAAUUUCACACUGGAGGACUAUACCAAGAGAUUUGCACAGCCAAACGAGGAUCACGCAUUUGCUUACUUACAUUACCAGUAUGAACUCAUAGCGGACUUGUUUGUGGACAAGUCUGAUGAGCAUGAUGACUCUACAAAUGAGAGUCGGCAGGAAUAUGGUGCUGGUGUGGGUACGAUGGAAAUAAAGCAAGAAGUUGCUGAUGAUGUUUAUAGAAGUAUGUUCAUGAAACAAGCUGAGGAAGAAGACAAGAAUCUAUUCUAUGACAUGAUGUUAAGUAACAAGCAAAAAGGCAACUCAUGAUAAAGAAUGUUGUCUGAAUGUUUUUUAAGGAUGACAGUGUAUUCUGCAGUGGUCGAAAUUAGCACAAGUCCGCAAGCCCUGCACUGGUUAAACGCUUUCCGGGCUUUCUCAAAUUCUGGGUUUUAUACAGCAGGGCUUGUUCAAAAAUGUAAUGCCAAGCAGUAGUAUUUGAAAUCGGUCUUUUUCAUCCAAAAGACUAAAUUUGAUGACUGAUUCUGGUGUAAACUCAGACAAAAUUGUCCUGGUUAUCAACAUACCAAUGUUUUGCCACUACAAGAAAUACACAGAAUAGCAUUUCAAGCAAUAUGCUCUGCUUUUUUCAUGCACAUUUCAAGACUUAAUGACUGAAGGUCAAGAAUAUAAUUUUUUGAAUAUAACAAUAUGUUGUCCACUGUGGCAUUAAAAUGUCUUGUGUAAGCCACAAAGGCAAAUGUCCAUUAUGCAAAAAGUUUAAGGGUACACUUGGAUUAUGCUUUUUAAAGUGUUACUUUGUAAAUAUGUUUUUUGUACAUGUAUGCAAAUUUGGUGCCAUGUUUUGUAAACAAUGACCAUUUCAAAAAUAAACACAAAAUUGAUAUGUA